GCUUCGAGAAUCACUUUCGAAAAAACUCGAGGGCAAUAAGGCAGGAGCACUCUCUCUCCGGUCCACCCCCGUUGUUUCUUGUUUGCCGUGCCCCUUUCUCCUUCCUCGACGAAGCACACGAAACUCGCAGGCAUCUUUGUUCCCCUCCCAUGACGCUUUCUCCGUGAAACACACCCACUACCUAAUUAUCACAUCUAUUAAAAGAGCCCUGCCCUCGAGCCUUCCCGCCCGCGAAUCCCGUUUUUGCCCAAUAUGUCCAACCCAACCCCCGCCCAAGAAGAAUUCAACAGACUAGUUGCCAACAGCGCGAGAGAUCCCAUCCGAGUCCACCCUGAAGACAGAGCAGACUACUCCCGCGAGCGCACCAGCGUCGACGUCAGCGAAGAAGACGCCUAUCGCGCCUCCCAGAUCGACAACGCCAUGCGUACCCCCACCCUCGACCAAGGCCUCAAGCUGCCUCCGGCCACUUUCGACGCCGGCCGCACCACCGGAGUCAAAGGCGUCAUCGCCGACGCCCGCAGCUACGAGGAAGCCAAGAAAGUCUCCUUCAUCAGCCGUGCCAAGUCUACCGUGCGCAAGUCCAUCUUUGGCCUCGACGGGGCUCAACAUUCUGCUUCCCGCAACUCCAGCGAGGACGACGGCAACGCCAGCGAUUCGCCGAGCGAGGAGGCUUUCCUGCAGCAAUGGCGCGAGAGCCGGAGACGCGAAUUGGAGAGGGACGGGAACAAGGCGGUACGAAACAGGAGGACAAGCCCGAGCGUGAGGGUGUAUGGCAGACUGGACGAGGUCGAUGCGCUGGGCUACCUCGACGCCAUUGAGAAGGUCAGCCGCGACACUGUCGUCGUCGUCUUCGUCUACGAUCCCGAUUGCGAUGUGUCAUCGGAGAUACAGGCCGCGAUGAGUCCGCUCGUGAGGAACCAUAACACCGUCCACUUUGUCAAGGUACAUUACCUCGACAUCGAAUUCGACAAUGCCGCCGUGCCAUCAAUUUUGGCGUACCGGAACCAAGGCGACAUCUUUGCCAAUCUCACCGGCAUCAUCGAGAUGAUCCCCGACGAUGAACCCUUUGGCACGCAAACCCUAAUGAGGCUCUUCCAGCAAUACGGCAUUCUAUGAAAGCGUUACCUCUGCUGUUCAUCAUGUUCCUUCCCCUCAUGCUUCGGCUGCCUCGAGAGGCUGUGCUAUACGACCACCACACCCUUCCCCUCUCUCUAAAGCUUGCCCGUACGGCUCUCCCAACGUCUUCACUUGACGACUGAGGCGUUUUCAUCUGCGUUUUGUUCCGGUUCU